CAACCUCCCAACUCCGUCCCCUUUCCACCUCGCAAGGGAUGCCACUUCGCAGGCCGUGGUCAUCGUUAUUAUCUUUCAGCCGGUUAUAGUUCAAUAUAUCUCAACUUUGUCGUCUCGUUUUCAGCUGCGCGCCUUUCGUUGCAAGCAGCCUUGUUUUCCCUGUGAGUCUGUGACGCUUGCAAAUUUGAUGCUUAAUCUACCAUAUGCAGCCCCCGACAGACCCUAGCAAAUAUCGAUCUUCUCAGAAUUACUCGUAAUAUCAGCUUUGUGUCCAACUGAAACACCUUUUGGCCGGCCUUUGUGUGAAGCGGAAUUGCCCGUAAUACUUCCGAUACUUGCAAUCUGGACGUUGCGACGCUAAAGGCCAGUGCUCAGUUGCCCAGGAUUCUACUUUCAUUUCCAAGUUUCGCCCAAAUUUCCUCCAAGCGGAUCCUCGAAAUUGGCCCGUCGCAUCGCAAGGAAUGACUCCCCAGCCCCCCUCUACCUGCUUCGGCCCAGACCUAAAUAGCAUACGUUGAUAUACAAAUCUGGAUUUGUCCAUUCGGGGGAGACGGUCUCGGGCGAUUUGAACUCGUGGUCGCCGUGACAAACCUAUAGAAUGGACAUCUCUCCGUUACGGCUGCGAAGGCCCGAAGACGAAGCGAUCGAGUGCUGGGACGACGACGAAGACCUUCAGUGUGGCGACGAGAUUUAUUUUCGGACUGUUUCCUCGGCGACAUCGGUGACUGGGUGCUCUGUUCGACCCUCCGGCCAUCGAGAUUCCAUUUCGUCACGUCGCUCCUGCAGAUCAGACCGCGAAUCUAACUACGGCGACGAGGAAAGCUGGCAGUUACUGUUAAACGACCAGGAUGAAUUUGGUACCGACGAUGCUAUUGCAUCUGCGAAGAAUGCCGGGAUCCCGAUCCCCAAUGGGAUACCCAGGUCAGCGCUCCUAGGAGGCACUAUCAAAAGACUUGGUGGUCGAAAGGGUAAAAAGGCCUUAGGGGAUGACUGGUCUGAGGAUCUAGAUCUGGCAGGGUUGAGCGGAGAAAUCCAGCUAAGGUUCAAACAUGAGGCGACUUCCCCAGAGUCGUUGCUACAUCUCAGCUCUCUCCCAACAAGCCCAUCGAAAUCUCGAGAAUUGGAGUACUUCACUGAUAUCAUAAACCAUCCACCCGCACCGAAACAACAGCUAUUCAACGAUUUAGAUAAAUUUAAAGACACUGAAGAGGAUGCCUCCUUCGAUGAUGUUCCAACUAUUAAACUAGGAAAAUCUCGCCCUCCGCCAAUUUCGAAUCCAUUCGCUACUUCAACUGCGACAGAACCUGGUACUCAAGACGACAAUAUGGAAGCCGAUUUGGUGCUGCCCUCGGAUGGUGAGCCUUUACGCCUAUCCACCAGACGAGAAACCUCCAAGGCACCGGAUGCGUUUGGGGACGAAUUCGAUGCCGAGUGGGCUGAAGGGAGUAUUGGAGUACGAUUCGGUGGAACAAAAAGAGAAGGGUUUUCCACCCGUAGCUCAACUGUGUCUGCCCUGAGCCCCAGUGUUUCAAGCUGCUUGACUGCAGAGAGCGAUGACGAAGGAUUCAACGAUUUUGUCUUGCCUGACGGGCCCUUGGACCUGGGAAAAUCGCUGCAGAAAAGGCAAGAGUCUGCACUACCUGUCGACUUGGACUUCCCCCCCGAACCUGAAGCUUCAAAGCAACCUGAUCCCGCAGCGGACGAUUUCUUCUCUGGGAUCGAACUUGGCGACGGGGAGCUGUUUGACACGGAAAAGUUGACCCUUAAUCGGAAUAUUAAGCGCAAGGUGGAGAGACCAGCAAGCCCUGCUAGACGCGGAGCAACAACCAUAACUUUCACAAGCCGAACGCCCGGCACUCGGAUCCCCAGGCUGUCUGACAGGCCACAUUCCACCCAACUUGAACCUGUCUCAGAAAGUGGAGCGCCGGUGUCUAAAUUUGUUCGACCUGCUUCUCGACUGAGCGGACACGCCACACACUCAUCUUUAUCCAAUAUUUCGAUAUCAAGCGCUGGUUCUGCGUCAUCCAACCCUCCUAGUCGUCGACCUUCUAGUAGUAGAAGUUCAAAAGAUACAAUACAAUCAACUAGUACGAAUUCUCAACUACUGAAAACCAAACGAUCCAUUCCAGGACUAAGAAAUUACAAUGCCGGCAUGGCAUCAACGCUGCAAAGGUCCCCUGGACGACAAGAAAGCAAUUUGAAGACUCGAGCUACAGUGUCUCCUCGUCCAAAAACUCCCGUCAAUCAGUCUACCGCUGAAACUCGUCUUGGGCCUCAACGGCGACAUCAUGUUCCUUUUAUUCCUGCAGGAGCUUCUCCCAACCAAUCGCACCAUGUUAGCCUUAAAACAAGUAGGCACUUUCGCCGCGCAGAUUCAGAUAGUUCUGGAGAUAUGUUCACCCACCAUAGAUCCAACUCCCGCGUCUCAAGUUCUUCUGCGUUAUCAGAUACUACGCGACGUGGAAGCACUGAUCUUCCUACUGGCUCGUUUACAGCUGGUGCAAAGCAUGCCGUUACCAAGCCAAAUAGGAAGAGGCAUUUUGGAGAUGGCACGGAACUCGAUAUUUUCGACGAUCUCCCAACCUCAGCAACCGCUGAAAGUAAAUAUGUGAAAGUUCCUAUCAAAAAAGGCCCUCCACGUGCCUUGCGUAACAGACUUAGUCAGUCUGGAAUCCCUUUGCCUUGCAAAACGGAGACAACGGGUUCCUCUCUACCAACGAGCCCACCGCACCAUGAUCAUACUCCAAGAUUUGCUCGUGACACUAAUGCAUCCAGAAAUGCUCGAGAGCAGAGAAUUGCUUCCAUGACUCAUAAUCAAAGGGAACGCGAAAACGGUCCUUUGACUCCAAUUAGUGUGAAUUGGAGGUCGCCGCCGUUUAGCCGACCACCUUCAAGUCCGACAAUGGUUAAAAGCAGACCAGGACAUAAACAUCGCAAUUCUAUUAGCAGGCCCCACCUGAUUAAGCCCAUGGGUAGUGGAGUGCAUGAGCCAAAGUCCGUCAAAGGAAUGAAAUACAACCCCACAUUAUAUAGAUGGGAAGGGAAUGAAACCGCUACGGCUGCAUUUGAUCCACCAGCUUUGGGAACCCCUCCAAAGUCCACCCUUGCUCUUAUCAGCAAUAUCGGUGGAAUAAGUGGUGCUCAAGUUGUAGGUUCCAUGGUCUUCGAUCCCCAGCGUAUGUGCUGGCUCAAACUAGCUUCUCCUGGGAAAACUGGUGCCACCAUUCCUCCAGAGGAAGAUGAUGUGUUUGCCGGGCUUGAAGAUCUUGAUGAUCGACCGCAAAAAUCGAAUACAACUUCCCGAAUAGCAUCAGCAGUUUGUGAUAUUGAAGCAAACGACCCGUUGACUGGUGAUGACAAAAGUGGUGAUUCCUCUGAUGACUGGCCGAUAACAGAGGAAUUUGAUGUUGGCCCAGAGUUUAUCAAGAGACAACGUGCCGAAGAAGAGAAAUGGAGGAGGAAAGUCAGUAAAUGGGCCAGCGGAGAUCGCAAUAAACUUGGAGAUUCGUGGAGGUGGGCAAUUCGCGAUUUGGUGAAGACGGACGCUCCCAUCGAUGUUCCACUUUCGUACAAACGCUGAGCGACUCCCUUGGACUCAAAGAAAUUAAACAAGGAUACCGAACAAAGGAAAAAUAAAGCUUGAUAUUCUACGAGAUGGCUGCGUGCUGGCGUUUCCGGCUCAGUUUCGUUGAAUCGUUUGCGCCGCGAUGAUAUUUCAUAAUUACUCGAUAAUUCCUUAAUAAUAGGGAUGUACCAGAAACCCCCUAUACCGUUUACGACAGACGUUUCUGAAAAGCAUAAUUCCCCGUCCCAAUGCUUUGACGAAACUAUGAUGACUGUUUUUUUCCCUUUCCCAUCAGAAAGGUCCGUUUCUGGGUUGCAGAACAGCAAUCCAUGUUCCAUGUUGGAAUCGGGACCUUGGUUAACGACUUGAUGACUAGCAUACAGUGAGGAGACAUCAUUACUAUUAUUGACUUAUAUGACAUUUCACCCCGUGUAUUCUAGAUGUAUCAUUGCGCUUCCUUUGGCUACUCCUAUUUUAUCUUGUCGUUGCAUCUGGGGCCUUUCUGUUUAAGCUUUUGUAUUCAUCGUUUCACGAGUAUCAAGCUGCAAGCGGAGAUUACUUCCUCUUCUCGUUUUUCGAUGAUGGUUAGUUUUGCUCUAUCUACCUAUGUACUAUCAAAUGGAUGGGUGUUCUCUCAGUAUAUUAUGCGUCCACUAUGGCUGACAAUCCAAAGAAACCAUUCUUGGGCCUCUC